AUGUCUUCUGCUGCUACCUCAUCCACAAAGGGCCGCGUGCUCCUCGCCUACUCUGGCGGACUGGACACAUCCUGCAUUCUCGCAUGGCUGAUCGAGCAGGGCUACGAGGUCAUGUGCUACAUGGCCAACGUCGGACAGGAGGAGGACUUUGAUGCCGCCGUCGUCAAGGCCAAGGGAUGCGGUGCCACCAAGAUCUUUGUCGAGGAUCUUCAACGUGAAUUCGUCGAGGAGUUGAUCUACCCCGCUGUCCAGGCCAACACCAUCUAUGAGGGAGUUUACCUUCUUGGAACUUCCCUCGCCCGCCCCGUCAUUGCUCGUCGCCAGAUGGAGAUUGCUGCCCGCGAGAACUGCCAAUAUGUCUCUCACGGAUGCACUGGCAAGGGUAACGAUCAGGUCCGCUUCGAGUUGGCGUACUAUGCCCUCAAGCCCGAUAUCAAGGUCAUCGCCCCCUGGCGCAUCCCUGAAUUCUACGAGCGCUUCCAGGGCCGCAAGGACCUGCUCGCCUUCGCCACUGAGAAGAACAUCCCCGUGGUCCAGACGGCGGCCAAGCCCUGGUCGACGGAUGAGAACCUCUUCCACAUCUCAUACGAGGCCGGAAUUCUCGAGGAUCCCAAUGUGACCCCACCCAAGGACAUGUGGAAGCUCACUGUCGAUCCCGAGGAUGCCCCCAACACCCCCGAGCGCAUCACCAUCGAAUUCGUCCAGGGUAAGCCCGUGAAGGUAAUCAACAACUCGAAGGACAACAAGACCGUCGAGGGUGGACUCGAGAUCUUCCUUUACUUGAACCAGUUGGCCCGUCAGAACGGAAUCGGACGUCUGGACAUUGUCGAGAACCGAUUCAUCGGUAUCAAGUCCCGUGGAUGCUACGAGACCCCAGCUGGCACGAUCUUGCGUGUCGCCCACAUGGAUCUUGAGGGUUUGACCCUCGAUCGCCAGGUCCGUAACCUGAGGGAUCAGUUCGUCACUCCUCAGUACUCAAACAUCUUGUAUAACGGACAGUACUUCUCCCCCGAAGCCGAGUUCUUGUUGUCGGCCAUCGCUGCCUCCCAGAAGACCGUCAACGGUGAGGUUCGUCUGAAGUUGUACAAGGGUAACGUCAUUGUCGAGGGACGUUCGUCAAAGUCCAACAACCUGUAUGAUAUGGAGGAGUCCUCCAUGGAUGUCCAGGGUGGUUUCUCCCCUGUUGAUUCUGAGGGAUUCAUCAAGAUCCAGUCCAUCCGUCUCAAGAAGUGGGGUCUCAACCAGAAGCUCGUCUAA